CCCUUAUAUAUAAGUACUAUAGUAUUAUAGUAAACCAAUACCUACUAACCAUGAAGGCCGAUUUACGCAAUGGUGGAUGGUAUAUGAAGUAGUUGUAAAACCCCAAGAAGUCAAAAGUCACUGGCUGGCUGACGUGUAGCUAUAAAAGUUAGAUGAGUGGUAGCGGUUCGCUUACUCCGGGCCAAAAUAUCGAAAGUAGCCCGAGUCGCGUUGUUGUGCUCUCGCUGCCGUUGUUUGUUUGCUGACGUUGUCGUGCUGUUGCGAGCAACUUUUCGUGCGUUCGGCUGUGAGCAAUCAGGGAACAGAAGUUCUUGCAGUGCGUCUCAGUGUGCUAAAUCAAGCAGUGCGCCUUCAGCGGCCGGCAAAACUGCCGAGAAACUACUGAAUUUUCGUAUUUUUCGGGUAUUCUUUUUAUAGAUUUUUGGAACUUGACUUGAAAAUGGCUAGCUCCAAAUAUUUCCUUUUGUUGUUGGCAUCCAUCGCACUAGCGUCCGCCUUGCCGAAACCGGAAGCGGAGAUAAUAACCCAACCGGAACCCGGCCAGGAAUACGUGUUUGUUCAAUCAUCAGCUUCCGGCGCGCGUCCCAUCGAAAGAAAAGACAAAAAUAUCGAUCAAGCAAGACCCUUUGAAACCUCGCACAAAGUGCCAUCAUCUUUGUCCUUCGCCUUGAACCAAGAAGAAGAUGAUGAGUCGGAAGUUAAACCCGUAAAGGGCAAAAAAGUCAUCAAGAGGGAAGCUAGUCCCGGUGGAGUGGCACCGGCUCCAGCUGGCGCCAUCAAGUUGGACGUCAGAAAGCUUUUGGAGAUGUACAAGGACAAAAUUCAGACCACCAAGUCCACUCCAACAUCAACAACCGCCAAACCCAAGUCCACCACUACGAGGAGGCGUGCAGGUAACAAGAGAAUCAAGAAGGAGGCGAGAAACGAGGAUGCUCCUUUGAUUGCCACCAGCCCUAGACCUGUUUUGACUACUGGAGCUGCUGUAGCCAGAUCUAUCGAUAUCGACGAUAUUCAAUUGGAAGCCGCUGGUAGCGAGAAACAAAGAACCAGAAAGGUGAUAAAGAAGGGGCCCAAUGGACAAGAUUAUGAAUACGAAUACGUUUAUUACUACUAUGAUGAUGAUGAGCCAGAUGCGAAAGACAACAAGAAGGUAACAAAUUCUCACGACGGUCCAGCAAGAAACUCCGUAUCCCGCAGCGAUAAAUCUCGCGGUGAAAAGACCAGCGUGGAAAAGUCUGUAGAACCAGAAGCCAACGAAGUACUUCCUGCCGCCUCCCGUCAACGUAACAGAGGUCGUCAACUUGGCGAAGAAGAGACCGUCAAUGAGGAACGUUUGCCCGCCAACACCCGCUUUCCACCUAGAAGUAGGAACCUUAACACCACACCUUUGCCGGAAGAGGAACCCAAAGUAACCACUAGAGGACGCGGAAGAGGGAGGCCAUCCACAGAGGACCCUGUCAGCGAGGACAAUGUUUCCGAUGAAACCCAGGGUUCUUCCCCAGCAGAAGAUAAACCUAAGCCACAAGAACCAGCUCCAGUAAACGAGCCAGCUAAUGAACCAACGGGAAUUACCGCUGAUGCUGAAGGUACCACCGUCAUGUCUGCCAUGGACAAGGUCGCCUUGGAUUUGUACGCUGUAGUCCAAGGUACUCAAAAACUUUCCGGAGAUGAUGAAGCCAGUACUGAGGAAACCGACUCCACCAGCGGUGAGGAUGGAGUCACAACUGAGUUAGCUAAAACAGAAACUGUGGAAACUCCUACUACUACUACUACAACCACUACGACCACCACGACUACAACUCCAGCUCCAACUACAACCACCUCUACUACUACCACUUCUGAAGCACCAACUGGUAAGGGUAGAUACAGGCCCCGUAUUGGUACUGGCAGAAGAACAACGCAGACUCCAUCCACAGAAGCUGCUCCAGCCUCAGAAAAACCCAAAAAAUUCGGAAGACCUGGUUUUAAUAGAGGCAGAUUGAACACUAAGACCACUCCAGAACCAAGCGUUGAAGCUGAUGCUACAAAGGAAGAAUCCAAACCAGUUAGCCAAACAAGACCAACUUUGAGCAGAGGCAGAUUCGGCGCUUCAAGACCACGUGGUCGUACUACUGCCGCUCCAGCCGAAAACAACGAAGAAUCAGCUGCUAGCAGCACCACAUCCACCACAACCCGCUCAAGAAGCCGCCCAUCAUUCAAUCUUAGGCCAAGAGGUCGCACCACAGCCGCACCAGCUGCCGCUGAAGGAGAAACUGGAAACGAAGAAGCUCACGAAUCAAGCGCAUCUGAAACAGUAUCUACCACUGUCAGAAGCAGAAGAAUCUCAACCGGAAACUCCGUAAGACCUCUGAGACCUGGACCAAGAAUCAACCUCUCUGGAAGAAGGGGCGCCGCUCACGUUUCCACCACCGAAGCACCAACUGAAGACCAUGUUGCUGGAGACGAAGUACCCGCCAGCGCACCUGAAGAACACCUAGAGAAAGAAAAUGACGCACCAGCCCCAGUUGAAGGCGGUUCCCUCCACCGUCUUAAGAGCAGAAAACCAAUAAACGUGCAAGCUCGUCCUAAAGCUGCAGCCAGCGCUCCAGUUCAGGUUCGCAGAGUCAAUCCUCUUCUAGGCAGAAGACGUCCAGGUCAAACCACCGAAGCUACUUCAAGCGAGGCUCCUCAGGAAGUGUCCGCCACCGAGGAGACCCAACCUGUUGAAGAGACUUCAGCUGAGGAAAAACUGGAACCAGCCAGUUCUACCACCGAGGAACCAAGAGGACUCAACAAACUGCUAGCUGGAAGGAGGAGGUUGGGCGUCAGACAACCAGGAACCACGAACCACUAAGGCUGAGAAACGAGUGAUGUUUUGAGAACAUAGCAUUUUCACUACCUACUAUUGUUAGUUUUGUUUAAAUGUAAGUGCUGUGAGAUUAUCCACAAGGAUAAAUAGUUUAAUCUAGACAAAUAAAGACUUAACUAUCAGAAAGCUACAGAAAAUAUUCUACGUGUACGCAAUCGUCUUUGUUUUUAAAUAACAAUCAAUUUUAUAAAAGUCUCAGUAAUAAAAAUUAAAUUAUUUAUUUUUUACGACAUAUAAUUUUGUGUUAAUUUUAAUUAGGGGUUUUACUUUUGUAAAUAUGAUUGUUUUCCUAAUAAAUCAUGCUUAUAGUUAGAUAAGUUUUUUAAAAACAUUAUACCAUAAUUUUCAAAAUGUUUAAGUAAUGGAUAAUGAUAGGAUUAAGUGUAAGCAGGCCUGCAAUGUGCCAAUAAUCGUAUUUAAUAAUUAAAAAUGCAUCCAUGUAAUUUAUUAUAAAUAACCAAAAUUUAACUUUUGUAAAUAUUUUCAAUAAACACAUACAUUUUA